AUGUCGUUCAGAAACAAAUCAUCAGGACGUGUGCUCUUACCUUUUGGGCUAGACUACUCUGAUGUGCUCUCCCAGGGUCAGGCUACAGAAAAACCGCGCCUUGAACUCCCCGUACAUGGUCCUCUAGCUCCUUACGAACAGAACGCAGCUAAACAGGCAGUAGCAUUUGCCAAAUUGAUGUAUGAUGGUCCAUUCUAUACUGGUUCGCCUGAGGAUGAAGGUGUCAGCAGCUCUGCUGACUCUAUCCAACGCUACUCCGACAGAUACAAGAAAGUGAAGAAAGUUGGCCGUUCUAUAGAUGAGUAUCCAUAUCAACUAGAAUUUUUCCCUGAAGAGUUGUAUUCUGUGAUGGGAAUCUCCAAAAAGAAGAAAAAACUUUUGUUAUCGUCUUACAAGGUCGAUGGCGGCCUAACCGAGUUUAACGGUAAUGAGGCUGAAGAUACGGCGCAGUCUAUGUUGGAAAAAUUGAAGAGUUUGGCAGAGGAUCUAGAUGCGGAUCCAUCGCAGCAGAACGAAGAAGAGGCCGAAGAGGACGACUUCGACGAUGAAUUUGAGGAGGAUGACGAUGACGAUUAUAAUGCAGAGAAGUAUUUCGAUGGUGGAGAUGACGAUAUGGGAGAUGACGGCGAUGAUGAGGCCGCAUUUUAA